AUGCAAAUUUUCCCCCCUCAGGUUAGUUCGAAGUCUGAGGACCCCACGAGCAAAGAUAUAAAAUCCCAGCAUACGAAGGUCCAUGCCGACAUACCGGUGAAACGCAACAUCCUAAACCAGUUUCUGGCCUUGUCACUUCGCCGUAUACUCUACGGCUAUCGCAAGUGGAUUGCGACUCUGGCCGGUUUCAUCAUACCCUUCCUGGUCCUGUUGGCAUUGCUUGGUUUACAAAAGGCAUCAUUAGCCCUUAAGGAUCCGGCUCUGUUGGUGUUGGGCCCGACAAGCAGUCCGUAUGAGCUUGGACCGUCCACUCAUGUUAGUGGUUAUUGGCAUCGUGACAAUCCUGAUGUGUUGCGAACUGUCUAUGAUGAUCAGGAAGUGCUUGUUAACUUGUCCGAGGAGAAACUGGGCAUAUUCGAAUUCAUAGAGUGCCUCAAUAUGGAACCAUGGUACUUCAUGGCAAAGCCUAAGAAGGAGGUAGAUCCCCUAGCACCGAUAAAUCAGAAGAUAUGCAAAGCGGUGACCUCAUUCUCCAAGUCGUUAUUGGGCAACAAUACGGCGACCUUUGACACUACUGCAUAUGGUAUCACCAGUCGGGUGGCAUUCACUGAUAUGACUGCUAUGCAUAUGCUACCAUAUGCUAUGUCGGCUGACUACCCCAACGCUACUAUUGUGAACCAUCCAUUGCCAGUCACCUACGGCCAGAAGAGUGCAGACUUGGUGAACUUGUCAAUGUCCUUCUCACUGGGCGGUAUGUUCGUCAUUGCCUUCAUAGUAGCGGCCAGUAACAUGUUGUCAUAUGCUAUGAUGGAGAAGACCUCCCUUGUGAAGGAACAACUGUAUGUAAGUGGAUGCAACAUUGCCAUGUAUUGGUUGUCGUCGUGGAUCUAUGAUUUCCUUACUAUCUUCGCAUGUGCUGCCCUGUGCUUCAGUGCUAUUAGUAUAUACGACUUGGACUUAUACCUGCAUGGAAAAGCUCUCGCUGCCACUUGGCUGCUCCUGCUUGGUUUUUGUUUUUCCGCACCAGGCUUCAACUACUGCGUAUCGCUGAUAUCAAGAUCAGCGACGAUAGCUACAUACAUAAGAGUUGGUGUAGGCUUGGUCAUCGGGAUGAUAGGCUCAUUCGUGGUCGCCUUCCUUCUCUAUAGUGGUCUCCGCAACCCUGCUGGCGUACCUCUCAUGUGGGUCUUCCGGUUGGUCCCCUCCUUUCCCCUGGCCAACGGUAUCACUACUAUGUUCUUCGCUACACUGGGUAUGGUACGCACUCCUGAGGGCCAGACUGGUGUUAUCGUCCCACCUCUGACGUCAGUGAUUGCAGGGAACUGUGUGGAAGGCUCUACACCGGGAAGUGAAGGCUACUACUGUGUGGCAGUUGCUGGUGAUGAUAUUAUCAUGUUGUUCAUAAUGGGUACCUUUUACCUGGUAGCGGCUAUAUGCCUUGACUAUUGGCUUUGUAACACACGUUGGAAUACGAAGAAGGACGUCAUAGUGCCCGCCGAUAAGCUUGGCUUCGAGGACCUUAGGGUCAUCGAGGAGAAGGAAAGGGUUGCCGGGCUUGAUCCGGAGGCUCAAAUGGUCUACAUACGUGACUUGAAAAAAGUAUUCCAUCCACAUAGCAAGAGGAAACAGGUAUGGGCAGUUCGUGGGCUCAACUACGCCUCGGCGGACGGUGGCAUCUUUGGUCUUCUUGGUGUUAAUGGUGCCGGUAAGACUACAACUUUCAAGAUGCUAUGUGGCCUGUUGAAACCCUCUGCUGGGGAUAUCUACCUAGCUGGGAGGAGCCUAUCAGGAAACACUGACGAGGUUCGGAAGAAUAUAGGCUAUUGUCCACAACAAGACGCUCUUAUCGACGGUCUCACUGUGGAGGAACAUUUAACAAUGUACGGCACGAUACGUGGAGUGCCUCUAGGGAUGAUGAAAGCCCAUGUAAAGGAGUUGAUGGAGAUCCUACAGCUAAGUCGCUACGCCCAUUCAUAUGCGACAAGGCUAUCAGGAGGCAACAAGAGGAAGCUGUGUGUUGGUAUGGCCCUCAUUGGUCAGCCCUCCAUAGUCUUCUUGGAUGAGCCUACCACUGGUGUGGACCCCGAAGCCCGCAGGAACAUUUGGAACGUGAUUAACAAGAUAGCAAAUGGUAGAGGUAAGAGGUCAGCAGUUAUCCUUACUACCCACAGCAUGGAGGAGGCAGACGCCUUAUGUAACGAAAUGGUCAUACAGGUGGAAGGCCAAUUCCGAUGCCUUGGGACUUCACAACAGAUCAAGUCCGAGUACGGCGCUGGUUAUAAGCUGCAAGUUCAUUUUAUACCGUCGCCCAUUCGUGAGAGGACCUUGACGCUGCGUAGGAUAUCUUCAGCGGCUGACAGGGAAGACUUUCUAAUGCGGACUGAUGAUGACAUUGUGGAACUCCUUGAAAACAACGGUGUAACGGACCGUAACGCUAUCAACUGUGUGAUACUGCUUGGGUCACCUCAGCCGGAAGGUUUUCGUAUGUUCAGUGGCCCAACCCUUGCUGAGGGUAUACAUCGUGCACAAGUCCAUGAGCGCAUGUUGCGGUGGUUGAAGGAGAAUCUGGGUGUUGGUUGUAGCUCAUUAGAUGCCUUUGGAGAAUACAAUCUCCCGAAAGAGCUCAAACUCGGCGAGGUAUUCACUCGAUUGACCGAUAGCAGUGUUAAGGAGGAGCUCGGCUACGAUGACUUCCAGCUUACUCAAGCCACGUUGGAGCAUGUGUUCAAUUCUUUUGCUAAACAGACUCCUGCAAGAGACGAUAAUUGAUUAUCAUCGAUGUGUUCUUCCUUGUUCCUAUUCCUAUAGUAGUACCAUAUGUAUACACUUAUAAUUCCUCCGUAUCUCCCUGGUUACAGGGGGCAUUCCU